AUGGCGAGCAAGCGGACAAACGUACUGGUCUACACUGGCAGCGGCAGUGCCGCUGAAAGCGUGCGGCACUGUAUGUGGACGUUACGGCGGCUACUCUCGCCCAACUAUGCCGUCGUCCCAAUCGACAAUGCCGCACUCAUACAGGAACCGUGGAGCGCGUCGUGUGCACUGCUCGUCAUGCCAGGCGGCGCGGACCUGAGCUAUUGCCGUACGCUAAAUGGCGAGGGCAAUCGCCGCAUCGCCCAGUACGUGAACGGCGGUGGCCACUACCUCGGCUUCUGCGCAGGCGGUUACUACGCCUGCGCCCGCUGCGAAUUCGAAGUUGGUGGCGAGAUGGAGGUCGUCGGCGACCGCGAGCUCGCUUUCUACCCGGGAAUAUGCCGCGGCCUCGCCUUUCCUGGGUUUGUGUACCGGAGCGAAGCUGGUGCGCGAGCGGUGAGGUUGGAGGUCAACAAGAAGGCGCUGGCUGGUAGCACCGUCCCCGAGACGUUCCGCUGUUACUACAACGGAGGCGGUGUCUUCGUCGAUGCAAGGAAGUUUGAAGACCGCGGCGUUAAGAUUCUUGCGAGCUAUACUGAACAGCUGCGUGUCGACUCCGGCGAGGGAGCUGCAGCUAUUGUAUACCGCAAGGUUGGAGAAGGAGGUGUGAUUUUAACCGGCUUACACCCAGAGAUAGUACCAUUCGCUGCUGUCAAUCUCACUAAGGGCGCGGAUGUUCCUGGCUACGGUAAGCUGGUUAAAGCCUUGGAAGACGACGACAAGCGACGCACCGAUUUCAUUACGGCAUGUCUCACCAAAUUAGACCUGCGGGUAAACACGGAACCCCAAGCGGUACCUCACCUUUCCUACCUUCACCUUACUUCUGCCAAUCCCUCGGAUGUUGCUCAGCUGGUGGCUUCAUGGCGUGAUAUUAUCACUACUCUUGAGGACGGGCAAGAGUGUAUCAAGGACGAACAUGACACCUUCCACCUGGGGAAAUCCAUGGGAUCUCUCUCUCAACACGCUCUUGCAAGGUUUGGCGAAGAGAGUGACAAGACUGAUGACUCUUCUGGUAACGGCGAUAGGAUCCUCGACUAUGACAAAGCUGUCAAACAUGUCGUCGUGCAUGAGUCGGACCGUCCGUCCAGCAAAGAGACGCCCUACUGGAAUCACGACACCUUUUUCUCGAACCUCGAUCACUACCACGCGCAGUCAACAAAUUCUCACACCGAAUUCGGGAGAUACUUACUCUACGGAGAGGUAGUCACCAGCACCAGCACAAUGAUUGAGAAAAACCCAGCGCUACUCAAGCACCUCCCCUCCGGCUUCACCGCCACAGCAACCACCCAAAUCUCCGCUCGCGGCCGCGGCACCAACGUCUGGGUCGCACCGCCCGGCGCCUUGAUGUUCACCACCGUGCUGCGCCACCCCAUCACGCUCUCCCACGCGCCCAUCGUCUUCAUCCAGUACGUCGCCGCGAUGGCCAUCGUCCGCGCCGUGCAGACGUACGAGCCGGGCUAUGCGAAGCUUCCCAUCAGGCUAAAAUGGCCCAACGACAUCUACGCACUCGACCCUUCCUCGCCCGCGUUCGCAUCAUCGGGCAGCAGCAGCAGUAGCAGCCCUUCGCCGUCCGACUACGUCAAGAUCAGCGGGGUGCUCGUGAACUCGUCGUACCAGAAUUCGGAGUUCACCGUCGUUGUGGGCGUGGGGUUCAACUUGGCCAAUGCGGCGCCGACGACGAGGGUAGAUGCGCUGGCGAAGGCGCACGGGCUGCUGCCGGUCAAGGCUGAGAAGCUGCUGGCGUGUAUUAUGACGCGGUUUCAAGAGCUGUAUACGAAGUUCUGUAGGGAUGGGUGGGACGGGGAAUUGCAGGAGAUGUAUUAUCGGCUGUGGUUGCAUCAGGACCAGGUCGUCGUUCUCGAGAAUGAAGGUGGUAUCAAAGCCCAGAUCAAAGGCAUUACAAGCGAUUGGGGAUUGCUGCUGGCGGAAGAGCUGGGGUGGGAGGACCGGAAGACGGGGAAAAUGUGGGCACUGCAAAGCGACAGUAACAGUUUCGACUUCUUUAAGGGCCUUCUCAAGAGGAAAGUUUAG